UUAUUAUUAUUUUUUUACAAAAUUUUUAUUUCAGAUGUUAAAUAAAAAGAAUAUAUUUUGGAAACCAGGUGCUGAAAAACCUGGUAUCGAUUUAAGGACCGAAAGGCAAUCAGAGGGUGAAGGAGCUGGAAGUUUUAUGAUAUACAAUCCUAAUAAUUUAUUAUCUAUUCAACAGCAAAGACAACGACUUCCAUCUUUUAAGUAUCGCAAUGCUGUGUUAUACCUACUAGAAAAAUAUCAAACUGUGAUUAUAUCUGCUUCAACUGGAUCUGGAAAAUCUACACAAAUUCCUCAAUACCUAUAUGAAGCUGGUUGGACUAAUGAAAAAAAAAUUAUUGGCAUAACACAACCUCGUCGUGUUGCAGUUACUUCUGUUGCUAGUAGAGUAGCUGAAGAAAUGGGAACUGCUUUAGGAAGAGAGGUAGGGUAUUCAAUUCGUUUCGAAGACUGUACUGAUAAAGAUUUGACAAAAAUUAAAUUUCUUACCGAUGGUUAUUUGGUGAGAGAGAUGAUGGCUGAUCCUUUGCUUUCUCAGUACAGCGUUUUAAUGUUAGAUGAAGUUCACGAACGGACACUUUAUACUGAUGUUAUAAUUGGAUUGCUCAAGAAAAUUUUGCGCAAACGGCCAGAUCUCCGAUUGAUCAUUUCUUCUGCCACAUUAGAUGCCGAUCAGUACCAAAAAUUUUUUAAUAUAAAAAAAUCUGUUAACAAAGCCGAAGUUACAUCUGUUAUAUUGGAAAUGGAGGGUAGGACUUUUCCUGUUGAUAUUUUUUAUCUUCAAGCUGCUAUCCCGAAUUAUGUGAAAUCUGCUGUAGACACUGUCAUAAAUAUACAUAAAUCAUAUUCAGAUGGAGAUAUAUUAGUAUUUCUUACUGGUCAAGACGAAGUAGAGAAUGCCUUACAACUUAUACAAAAUGAAAUUAAUUUGUUGCCGAAAAAUAUACAAAAUGUUUUAUUACUUCCUUUGUAUGGUGGUUUACCCAUGGCUGAACAGUUAAAGGUUUUUCAACGUGCUCCCCCUAAUACCAGAAAAGUAGUUGUUUCGACUAAUGUCGCUGAAGCAUCAAUUACUAUAAGUGGUAUUGUUUAUGUUAUAGACUCUGGUUUUGUCAAGUUAAAAGCAUACAAUGCUGCAUCAGGAUUAGACUCUCUUGUGAUAACACCUAUAUCAAAAGCAUCAGCUGCUCAACGAUCAGGAAGAGCUGGUAGGGUUCGUGCUGGAAAAGCAUAUCGUCUUUAUCCGGAAUGUGAGUUUGAUAAAUUAAGUUUAUUCACCAUUCCAGAAAUACAAAGAACUAAUUUAGCCUCCGUUAUUUUACAAUUGAAAAGUUUAGGAAUAAGUAAUGUAUUGAGAUUCAAUUUUUUAAGUGCGCCACCAGCUCAACUCAUGAUAAAUGGCAUAGAACUUCUGUUUGCACUUGGUGCACUCACCGAAGAAGGUAAUUUAACAGAGCCUUUAGGCGUCCAGAUGGCUGAGUUUCCUUUAAAUCCAAUGCUUUCUAAGAUGCUUUUGUGCUCUGGAAAUUUUCAAUGUUCUGAAGAAGCUGUUACGCUAGCAGCUAUGCUUCAGAUCGAAAAUGUUUUUGUUGCCGUGCCUAACAUGAAAAAUAAAGUGACCAGAUCAAAACUUCGCUUUGCUGCAAAAGAAGGAGAUCAUUUAACUCUCAUUAAUGUUUAUCGUGCUUUUAUUAAACAUGGGAAGAGCAUGGAUUGGUGCCACAAACAUUUUUUAAAUUAUAAAUCUCUUGUUCGUGUAGUAAAGGUAAGAAAUCAAUUAAUAUCUAUUCUAAAGCAGUACGACAUUCCAAUAGUUUCGUGUAAAGAAGAUGACGAAGCUAUUCGAAAGUGUAUUAUAUCUGGAUUUUUUGCAAAUGUUGCUAAAUAUCAUCCCUCUGGUGAAUAUAGAACAGUACGUGAUAAUCGUUCGUUAUAUUUGCAUCCAUCAUCAGUGCUUUCGAGUAUUACGCCUCCUCCGAAACUCCUUAUAUUUAACGAAGUCCUUUGCACUUCAAAAGAUUACAUGAGGGAUGCUACAGAUAUAAAACUGUCUUGGUUGUUAGAAUUAGCAAGUUCUUAUUAUGAAUAUGAUACAGAUUUAGCUAUGGAUAGAAAGAAACUAAAGCUUGAUAUAUAAUUGUUUCAAAUGUUUCUGUGUUCAGCUACAUUUUUAUAAUUGAAGUUUAUUUUUUACAUUUAAAACAUUGAAUGUGAAAGAACGAGUAAAUUUGUAUGUGAAAGUACGAGUAAAAUUGAAUGUGAAAGUAUGUGUAAAUUUGAAUGUGAAAAUACGAGUAAAUUUGUAUGUGAAAGUACGAGUAAUCUUAAAUGUGAAAGUAUAAGGAAAUUUAAAUAUGAAAGUACGAGUAAAUUUGAAUUGGAGUAAAUUAAAAUAUAAAAGUACGAGUAAAUUUGACUAAAUAUAAUGGUUUUACAACGAA